UUUUUAACAAAAUUGUCUUGACAGACUACUUUUACAGUCAAGGAAACAACCUAGGUUCAUGUCACUUUUAAUCAUUUAAGACAAAAGGAAAUGGGAACGAAGGUCGUCAAAUAAAUUACAGCCAAAAAAAGAUCCUUUAUAAUACAAUGGCUUUUACUUUAAAAUGCAGUUAUAAUGUCAGGAUAUGUCCAUAGCUUAACCUCGUCCGCAGGGCUUUUUAUUUUUUUUACAUUUGGACGGAACCCGAACAAGGUUUCGUACAAUAUAAAAACGUACAAUUCCUCAGAACGAGGUUGUUCCAUAUUAAAUACACAGGAAAAUAGAAAAACGUGCCAUUUAAAAACUUUAAAAAACAAACAAAAUAUGCAAGGUCAGAUCUUCCAUCAGUUAAAAAUUCCUGUUAUAGGGAUGGAGGGGGCAAAAAAUAAAGAUUUUGCAUUGAAUUACAGGGAUUUUAUCACUCAGACACUCCCCCCUGUUCAAAACAUGCAUAAUUUAAAAAUCUGUACGGAGAAGAGUUGUAUUGAGUUUAUUUGUUUGGCUGGUGUGUAUAAAAUUCUAAGAAUUAAAUUCACGAGCGUUGCGUUUUUUUUUGUGUUGUUUUAAAAUAAUUUGUAGAAAAGAAAAAGAAGAUGGCGGAAUGGAAUUGCGUUGUGUCUCAUAAACAAAAGCGAAAGAGCAGACGUAUUGACAAGAGUAAAGAAACUGCAGAAAAUAUUUUAAAAUCACAUAACCACAUCUUGCGAAACUACAAAACAAAACUUUGUAAAAAACCAAAACAAGAUCACAACAAACUAACAUGCCUCAACGCGCAUGACAAGAAUGACAUCAGAAGAAACCCGUGUAUGGGGGAAACAAACAACGUCGCAGUUCGGUAUGUCCCUCAAUUAUGCCCGCAACAUCCCUCUUGUUCCCUGGAAGACAAAUGCACGUACGCUCACAACCAAACGGAGAUUCAUUAUCACCCUCAGGUAUUUAAGACUCAACUUUGUCAAAAAAAGCAAUGCCAAUUCCCGUACUGUUUUUUCGCGCAUGGCGAAGAAGAUCUUCGAGUAUUGGAGAAAUUCUGCGAAGUUGAAAAAAAAGAGAGAGGUGUUUCGCUUUCUGAGUAUUUUCCUUCCCCAAAGGAGCCUAUCCAGGGUGAAGAAAUUAUAGAAGUUAUUCGUGACUGGUCUGGAUGGCAAAAAGAGGUCGGUUCGUUUGCUAUGCUCCCUUGUCCUGUAAGUGAUGUAUUUUCCCGGAUGCUUUUUAAAUAUGUGGACAUUCAGCAGAAAGUUCGAGAAAUUUGUUUGAAUAAAGGCAGCACACCUCUGUUGGACAUACACCACAGAGCGUCUAGCAAACCUGUUCUACUUCUUUUAAAAGGCACAGAGGAAAAUAUUCACGCUGCUAUUGAAGAAAUACAAAACUAUUCUGAAACUUGCAGACAAAGGAAUGAUGAGACGUACCCGCCGCGUUUUCUACGUUAUUUGCAAAACGACUACGAAGGUGACGCGUUGGUGAGAAAGUUCUGCAGAGAUAGAAAGGGAUUGGAUAUUUCUAUCGAUAUUUUGAAGAACAGAAUUUCGGUUUGGGGUAACAGCAAGAAGAUUAGACACAACGUUUUGUACGAGUUAAGAAAGAAGUGUACAACGUUCGCUUUAACAGAUGCGAAAGCGAUCGCUGAUGCCAAACUACACAGCCUGGAACUAGAAUUAUCAAAUAUGAAACAACAACUGCAGGAAGCUUUAGCGGAAAAGCAAGAUCUUCAAGAAAGUUUAAAUGAUUCGCAAAACCUCGUCCAAAGAAUCAGGAAAGUCGAAUUAAGAUCAAAAGAACAAAAAACGACCAUACCAAAAGAGUGGUCCUCCACUGAGGGAUACGAAGAAUACAUUGUGGAGCGUGAUUCUUCAGAAUGGGAUAGAAUUUAUACCCAAUUUAUAUCCACACUAACUGCAAGCCACAGGCACGGCCUGCCAAAUAUUAAGAAAAUCACACGAAUUGAGAAUCACGAAAUCUGGACGCAUUAUGCUCUCAUGAAGAAGCAUAUCUCAAACGAGCUGUUGUUAUGGCAUGGUUCCACGAAGGAAUCUCUUGACUCCAUUUGUCAGCAGGGAUUCAACCGAUCGUACGCUGGUAUGCAUGCUACUGCCUUCGGAGAAGGAACGUACUUUGCCAGAGAUUCUUCCUAUUCAAUGGGUUAUUCAAGCCGUCAAACUGACGGUACUCGACAUAUGAUCCUUGCGAAAGUUCUCGUAGGAAGUUACCUAAGUGGGAAAAGAGGAAUGAAGGAUCCUAAGGACGAAAGAAGAAGAUAUGACUCGGCAGUAAAUAAUAUAUAUAAUCCAAGUAUAUAUGUUAUAUUCAAGGACUAUCAAUCUUACCCUGCAUAUGUGGUCACAUUUACUACAGAUUAUUAGAAAAGAUUCUAACUAAAGCUCAACCUUGUUCCCGGAAUCCUUUGCCUAUACUUUUAUCGCCGUCUCUAUAUCAGAAAAGAUGCCCUGAGAACGAAGAUAUGAUUAAAACUAAAGUCCUAUUAUACCUGCACUAUCUUUCAUUAUCCUGAGCUAUAGAAAGAAACUCCGAUAGUCUUCAAAAGAAUCCUUAGUUUAACCAACCUCGUCCCCGGGACUUGUUUGCUUUUUUUGUAUUUGUACGGCUGGGCCAGCCCGUCGAAAUAUAAAAAGCCUAUCAAUUUCUUUGGACGAGGUUGUAUUAUUUUUUCUUAGGGGAAAUUCUUCAAAACUACGAAACAAUUUAUUUUAACAAUAAAAAACAGAGAAUUGUAAAUAUUAAAUUCUUUUUUGAUUUUAACUUUAUUCUCAUGAUUAUUUUAUUAUAUCGUUUUUACACGAAAUAUGUUUAAACCUACGAUACAAAAGUAACAAAGGUAUACAUGCGCUGAGGCUUGCAUAGUUUCGAGCAACCUCGUCACCAGAGCAUCUUGUAUCGUUUCUUACACAUCGGACAGCGAUACGGUUAUAGAAAAGAGACAACAGGCGCUGAGAACGAGGUUGGAUUUCGACCACUUUUAUGACCCACCUACUGAAAUACCAUCCCCUGUGCUUAUCAUGUCAAGUAAAUUUUGCACCAUCAUAGUAUUUAGGUAAUCCGCUUAAUCUUGCCACAAAGACUAUUGGACAACCAUAGUAUAUCAAUUCUUUGUUUACGGUGUUCUUUUUUCUGUUAUGUAAAAAUCCUAGAGUGACAAAACCAAUUUUGGAACCAGUAAUUUUUUAACGUUUGCUUUUUCUUCUUUGCAGGAUCAAUAUUUGAUCUCAUAUAAUAUUUUGAAUUUUCCCACUUACAGUUCUAAAUUUCUAUGUACUCCAUCUGGUUUCUAGGUUUAUUUAUCUAUUUUGCUCUGCGCAUAUCAGGAGGUAAAAUGAAGUCCUAUUUAUGAGCGGGAUUACAAGGAAAAAAUCAGGCUAGGUGAUGGACUUAGGAAAUAAUCAAUAAGAAUAUACAGCCAAGUUAGUUA